UGCUCCGAGCGCAGUGUCGUUCGGUCACUUCCACGGGCAGGAGGUUGCACGUCCUUUAUCCGCGUGAAAGCAACGCAUUGACCCACGGGAAAAACAACAACAGCAGCAACAGCGUGUGUGUCGCCGAUCGAGCGUCAGUGAUGACUCGAUAACGCUCGGGUUCGCGGUCGCCGGUGGAGAUCGGUGAGGGUGGUGCUGUGCGAAGAUGUGAUUGAUCGGGCGGGAGGGGAACCCUUUGCACGCCCUCGAGGAGCAAAAGUUCGGGAAGGUGAGGACACAACCUGCGAGGGCUCGAGAUGUGGCUGGCGGUGCUGAUGCUCGCCGCUAUGGCGAGCGGCUCUGCGUACCGCUGCCCGGACUUCUGUCACUGCCAGUCGCCGAGGGUCGAGUGUCACGGCCACGCGCCCCAAGUAAGACAGUUCGAUGAACUACCGGGGAACUUUACCGAACUGGCGAUACGCGACGUCGCUGACUCCAAAGAGCUGGAUCACGUGCAAAAGUCGAACUCGUCUUUUCUCAAGGAUUUGCUGGUGCUCGAGAUUACGAACAUCACAAACUGGAGCGACCAAUGCAAGGUGCCGUGGUACGCGAACCCUUUGAAUGCUCCGAAAGAAUUGGAUUCCUUGGACGUUCGUCUAUUGAACCUGUCGUACAACAGUUUGAAAAAUUUUGGUCUCAACGGAUGCGAGGUGAAUUUUAGGAACGCAUUGGAGGUCUUGGACCUGGGACACAAUCAGAUAGAAAAGGUGAUUUUUCGAAGGGGGUCGACUGCCAAGAGACAUUGGUCUUUAACAUGGCUCAACCUUGCCCAUAACGUAAUAGACGACUGUGACGCAAUGACCUUUGGAGGGCUUCAAAAACUGGUGUACUUGGAUCUGUCGAAUAAUGACAUCCAUACGCUUCAAGAAGUUUUGGACCCCUUGGUUUCCCUGCAGCGGCUUUUUCUCAAGGAUAACAAGUUGGAGCACAUUGGUGUCGCUUGGUUUCAACAGCUCAAAAAGUUGGAGGAGCUCGACCUGUCCAAAAACAAGUUGGUCCUCAUACCACCAGAUGCGCUUAAGCCACUUACAAACCUCCUUAUCCUCAAGUGGGACGAUCCAGUGACGAAGACGAACUCGUCGAUACCUCUCGAUACCAAGACUCCAACGACCGCUACUUUCCCCACCGCAACUUCAACAGACACUUACAGGAGGCGUACAGGUGAUAUACAGUUUGAUUCACGUUCGUCAUCGGGAGUCGAAGCAUUAAAUUUUUCACACAACAGUUUAACGAGCUGUCCGUUCACUAAGGACACGCCAAAUACUAAAAUACGUGUUUUGGAUCUGGGAUACAAUAAAAUUUACUAUUUGAAUGAAAUUAGUCUUCCAAAACUCCGGUGGAUUAAUUUUGCCAACAACCAAAUAGACGAAAUUCACUACGACACCUUCGAAAAGCUCAAGUCUCUAGAGUACUUGAAUUUGUCGAAUAACAAGCUGCAUACGCUCAAGGGCAUCCUCGAUCCGCUGACCUCGCUGCAGCGCCUUUUUUUGUCAGGCAACAAGUUCGAACACAUCGGAUCCACUUGGUUCCAGAGUCUCACCAAAUUGGUGGAGCUCGAUGUAUCGAGAAACAAACUGACCUUCAUCCUGGCAGAUCCUCUGCAAACCCUCACGAGCCUUUCGGUGCUCAAUUUGGCCGAAAAUCCAUUGAUAAAAAGGGACCUGUCGCUGUUGCUCAGCACAGGAAGGCGAUUGGAAAUCUUGGACGCGUCGAGGAUAGGAUUGGUCCGCGUUCCAGCGGCGCUCACUCACUCAAUCAGGAUGUUGAAACUAGCCGGAAAUCAGCUGACGUCGAUCGCCAGUGGGGAUUUCGAUAGUUACCCGCUUUUACGUGUACUCGACUUAUCCGACAAUCGCCUGGUCGGCAUAGAAGAAGAUGCGCUGGGACGGCUGGACAAUUUGGAAGAACUCAACCUAUCGGGCAAUAUCUUACCGACCAUACCAAAGAGUCUUCCAAAUGGCUUGAAGAUACUGGACUUGAGCCAAAACGCUUUGUCCAACUUGAAAGUCAACGAUUUGCAAAAUCUACAUCUACUAACGGAAUUAAAUUUAAGUGGCAACGUCAUCACGGAAAUUGAGGGCGGAUUCUUCCGGCAACUAACCGCCCUCAAUGUACUUGAUAUCUCCGACAAUCCUUUCGUAAAACUGCCAUCCGAUACGCUUAACGGCCCGUCCAAUCUGAUGGUCCUUCGCAUGUCGGGUCUUACAUCGUUAAAGACCGAAGAGAAUCAGAACCAAGAUACAGCUUUUCCCUUCUUGACGCCUGAAAAUCUUGUCAAACUGGACGUUUCGCGUAGUCCAGCCCUGGCGGCCCAGCUGUUGGCGGACAAUGCAGCGUUGUCGGCGUGUAAGAGCCUUCAAGAACUGAACUUGGCUUAUACGUCCAUCAGUUCGAUAAGAUUCGACCUCGGGUACGUAUUGCCUCAGCUGCAAAAAUUGAAUCUGAUUGGAAACGACUGGAACUGCACCGACGAUCAGCUUUGGCUGGGGGAAUGGAUCAGACAGCACGACGCUUCGCUCGAAUGUUCCACGAGAUGCAAGACUCCCUCGAAAUUCGAAGGAAAAUUAUUGCAGCGCAUAAAUAAGCCUGUAAUCUCGAGAAAUACCACUACUGUUUCAACCAAUGCCCCAAAAUUAAUAAGUACAACUCCCGGUAAGACGGAUAGCUCGCCGCUUACUACUGCAAUUCCGAAAGCAGCGAGCGAAUCGACUGCGAAAUUUAUCACCACUACUUACAUUACUACGACGCAAUAUCCUUUGAAAAUUGAAAAGUCGCGAGGGGAAAACAAAACGGCAGUGCAUACAACGCAAAUCCUGCCAUCGAUCAAACGGAAGUCCCAAAGUCUAACAACUACAAAUAAUGAAAACGAAUCCAUAAAUCUCUCCACGGUUGCGUACACCGCGGAGCACGCAUCUAAUGCCGAAAAAUGGGAGCCAACGAAACUUUCGAUACACAGUACAACGCAAACAAAUGGAAUAAAAAAUAAUGAAAACAAACGUCUAGAUACGACGGAAUCGAUACUUGUAUCUUCAACCAUUGGUAACAAAUCAAAUAACAAGAAAGCUAAAAGUGAUCACAGUACUGCACCCACGACACCCGAGGUGACCGAUAAAACAACAACAACAACAAUAACAGCACCAUCAACUGUAUCACCAACACCCGCACCAUCAACUAUAUCACCAACGACUGUUACCACGGUAGGAACAAACUCAACCAGUGGAGGAUUACUGAUUAUAGCCAUACAAAAACAGUCAGGUAAACUCAUGGAAAGCAUGUCCGGCAAGCACAAAGAAGUUAAAGAGGAUGCGGUGGUUAUUCGCGAGAUGGUCAAGAGGGUGAAGCCGCCCAGCCAGGAUCAAGUGUUCUCCGAGUUCUCGCACUCGAAAUUGCUGUUUGCAAACGAAGAGGCGCAGGAGUUGAACAGUCGAGUGACCGAGUCGGGCGCUCACACGUCGCCGGAGACGCUGGCAAGUGGCGCGCACCCCGGCAUGCUAGUCCUGCUCGGGGCGUCGAUGGUGGCCGCGGCCGCGCUUACGGUUGUCCUCUCGAGGCGCGCCGCAGUCAGCAGAAGAGAGAGGCAGUACCAGCGGCACGAGAACAUCGAAGUGCAUGCCCUCACCCCGACUACGGAGCUGUGGUGAUCCAAAGGGGUGGACGAGGGUAAUGAUGAGGGCUACGACUUGGGAGCCAGAUACUUUUGACUGAUUCGUCUUGUGACUCUGUAGUGCGAGAAUGUUGCCAAAAAUCACACGAUGACUAACGUAGCGGCUUUCCAAGGAAUUCGACGGAUGAGACGGUGACAAUAAUGAUUAAUACAUGGAAGAGAAGAAAAAAGAAAAAGAAAAUCGGACUCGAGAUUUAGAAUUGAGAAGUAAUAAAAAAA